AUGGGGUUGAAGAAGUUGAUCUCACACAUGCUCACUCUCUUCUUGGGUCCAAACAAGGUGAGUAGCAUGCGGCGCGGCGGCUCUCCGGCGGCGGCGGAGUGCGCCGUGUGCCUGUCGAGCUUGGAGGGCGGGACGACGGUGCUGCCGUGCCGGCACGAAUUCCACGUGGAGUGCGUGGAGAGAUGGCUGGCGGCGCCGCAUUUCAAGAACACGUGCCCCAUCUGCAGGUUUUGUAUGGAACAAGAGUGCUUCACUGAGGAAAUGCUCAUUUGGUUUUCUUCUUUCCAUGUUGCUGGAUUUUGA